AUGCUGCUUGUUUUUGCGCUUCUCAUGCUGAGCAUCACACUCGGGAAAAGUUUUCCACCCUACAGUUACGAGCCCGGCGAGGACGAGGACCCGGACCAGGACCCGUUCGAUUAUUACCGUGCGCCGGAGGAUCUGGAGAACAGGAACGGGACCGUGUGUGAGGAAUGCGUUCCCGAGCUCUGCCCCCCGACCCAGGGCUGCCGGGCAGGGUUGGUCCUGGACUCCUGCGGCUGCUGCCUGGAAUGCGGGAACCUGGAAGGACAGCCGUGCGACCUCGGAGACACGAACACGUACUACGGUCGGUGUGGCGAGAACCUGGAGUGCAGGAUCGAUUCCUCGGAGACGUCCGAGUCCGAGCCGCAGUGCGUGUGCGCGCAUCAGGAACCGAUGUGCGGCUCGGAUGGGUCCACCUACAUGAACCUCUGCAAGUUUAAAGAAGCUGAGUUUUCCAAAUCUGGGCUGAACGUGACCGAGGGACCCUGCAGGACCGUUCCUCUGAUCAAAGUACCCCCGCGUGACCUGGUGAACGUGACGGGCAGCAGCGCGGUGUUCCUGUGCGAGGUCUUCGCCUUCCCUAUGGCGUUGGUGGAGUGGAGGAAGGACGGGAAGGAGGUGGUGUUGCCUGGAGAUGAUCCGCACAUAUCCGUGCAGUCCAGAGGAGGCCCUCAGAAGUACGAGCUCUCCAGCUGGCUGCAGAUCGAGGAUGCCAGUCGGGCAGAUUCCGGUACCUACAGGUGCACGGCCAGGAACGGGCUGGGCGACGUCUCUGCCACCGCCGUGCUGGGAAUUCUGCCACCAGACGAGAUGUCUGCUUAUCUAGAAGAAAGCUUCAAAGAGCAGAUGGGAUACGACCCCAUGAAGUUCUACGACGAGAACUACUAUUGA